AAUAAAAUAAAAUAAAGACUGAAGAAACCCUAAUGACCUGCUCGUUCCAGACCAUAAGAUCUAAAACACAAAGUACAAUUUUCCUUUCUUGCCUAAUCAAUCACUCUCUCUCUCUCUUCUCCACUUACUUCCGCGCCGCUUCCCCUCUGGUUUUCUUAUCCGUCCGUCGCUCUUUCAACACCGUCCUUAGCUGUGAGAUUGAAGCCUAGACCCAAUGAGGGGACGAAGCUACACCCCUUCACCACCAAGGGGUUACGGAAGGAGGGGCCGGAGCCCUAGCCCCCGUGGCCGAUAUGGUGGCAGUCGUGACAGGGAUCUCCCAACCAGUCUUUUGGUUCGCAACCUACGUCAUGAUUGCAGGCAAGAGGAUCUUAGGAGGCCAUUUGAGCAGUUCGGUCCUCUCAAGGACAUUUACCUUCCGAGGGAUUAUUAUACUGGAGAUCCACGUGGGUUUGGUUUCAUUCAAUAUGUGGAUCCUUCUGAUGCUGCUGAAGCAAAACAUCACAUGGAAGGUUAUCUUCUUCUUGGUCGUGAGCUGACUGUCGUAUUUGCAGAAGAAAACCGGAAGAAGCCAACUGAAAUGAGAACAAGGGAUCGAGGUGGAAGGAGCAACAGGUUCCAUGACAGAAGACGUUCUCCUCCUCGUUACUCUCGUUCUCCUCCCCCUCGUCGUGGUGGUAGAACACGGUCACGUAGCCGCGACUAUAAUUCUCCUCCCCUUAAAAGACAUCAAUCUAGGUCUGUCUCGCCUCAGGAUAGACGAUACGAGAAGGAGAGGUCAUACUCUCGCUCACCACCACAUAAUGGCUCAAGGGUUCGCAGUGCAAGUCCUGGGAGGGUGAAGAGCCAUAGCCGGAGCCCAAGAAGAAGCGUGAGCCCAAGAAGAAACAGGAGCUACACGCCUGAACAAGCCAGGAGCCCUGUCCCUAGGCAGAGCAGGAGCCGGAGCCUAAGCCCUCGUGGAGAACGUAAUGGUGACCGUUCUCCUAGCCAGUGAUUGAUUUACACAAAACCACCCCAUGUAUCUCUUUGGUUUACGCUCUUAGUUUCUUCCUUACCCAAGUUACUGAAACCAUGUUCGUCUUCUUUUUGGAUUUUCCCGAUCGGGAGUUUUUUAUUAUGUCGUGUUUAAUUAAAAAAAAAUGAACGAUGCAUAUGUACUUCUCUGUUUU